AUGCAGUUUUUGCGAGGACUGUUGAUCAUGGAUGUGUGGAUAAAGGUUGGAUUGGAGUUAUCCUCUGUGUCGACAAAGAAGUCAGCAACAUCGUCGUCAAUCAUCGGAGCCCAGCAGCCACCAGCACAGACAGUCAGCCACCGCGGGAGCCCGAUGGUACUGGCUCACGCUGAGAGCACAUCCUUCAACUGUGCCAUGAGGGCUGCUGUAGAGGCUUUGAAGGGGAAAGGAUGGGAGGUCUCUGUGUCAGACCUGUAUGCCAUGCACUUCAAUCCUGUCAUCUCCAGAAAGGACAUCACAGGUAAACUGAAGGACCCCGAGAACUUCCAGUAUUCUGUCGAGUCUGUUCUAGCGUAUAAAGAAGGCCGUCUGAGCCCAGAUAUAGUGGCUGAACAAAAGAAGCUGGAAACUGCAGACCUUGUGAUUUUUCAGUUCCCACUGCAGUGGUUUGGAGCCCCUGCCAUCCUGAAAGGCUGGUUUGAGCGAGUGCUCAUUGGGGAGUUUGCUUAUACGUACGCUGCCAUGUAUGACAAGGGACCUUUCCGGAAGAAAACAGUGUUGUCCAUCACCACUGGUGGCAGCGGCUCUACAUACUCUCUGCAGGGUGUCCACGGGGACAUGAAUAUCAUUCUCGGGCCAGUUCAGAGUGGCACUCUGCAUUUCUGUGGCUUCCAGAUCUUAGAACCUCAACUGACAUAUAGCACUGGGCACAUUCCUGCGGAUGCCCGACUUCAGAUCCUGGAAGGAUGGAAGAAACGCCCAGAGGAUAUUUGGGAUGAGACUCCACUAUAUUUUGCUCCAAGUAGUUUCUUUGACCUAAACUUCCAGGCAGGAUUCUUAAUGAAAAAGGAAAUCCAGGAAGAGCAGAAAAACAAGAAGUUUGGCCUCUCUGUGGGCCAUCACUUGGGCAAAUCCAUCCUGACUGACAACCAGGUCAAAGCCAGAGAAUAA